AAUGGUGGUGCGUGGCUGACAGUGACUUUACGUCCAAAAUGAAAAACAGGCAGUUGGGCACGUCGUCAGGGAGUAUGAACAUGACCAAGAGCACAAGCAUCGGUGGAGACAUGUGCAACCUGGAGAAGACGGACGGCAGCCAAUCGGACACGGGCGUGGGCAUGGUAGGCGGGGACGGGGACGGGGACAAGAAGAGACGCUCCAGUAUUGGUGCCAAAAUGGCYGCAGUGGUUGGCCUCUCGCGGAAAAGCAGGAGUACCUCUCAGCUCAGCCAAACAGAAGCCGGUGGGAAGAAGCUUCGCAGCACCGUGCAGAGGAGCACAGAGACGGGCUUGGCCGUAGAGAUGAGGAGCCGGAUGACUCGGCAGGCCAGCAGAGAGUCCACCGACGGUAGCAUGAACAGCUACAGCUCCGAGGGAAACCUGAUCUUCCCUGGUGUUAGGCUGUCCUCCGACGCCCAGUUCUCUGACUUCCUGGAUGGACUAGGCCCAGCCCAGCUGGUUGGACGACAGACGCUAGCUACACCACCCAUGGGUGACAUCCAGAUUGGAAGUGACAAGAAAGGAGCGCUGGAGGUGGAAGUGAUCCGAGCCCGUGCCUUUGGAAAACCAGGUUCCAAGGCACUGCCAGCACCAUAUGUAAAAGUGUAUCUUUUGGAAAACGGAGCCUGCAUAGCCAAAAAGAAAACAAAAGUAGCAAGAAAAACCUUGGAUCCCCUUUACCAGCAGCAACUGCCGUUCGAAGAGGCUCCUGGAGGGAAAGUUCUACAGAUCAUCGUAUGGGGAGACUACGGACGCAUGGACCAUAAAUCCUUUAUGGGAGCAGUUCAGAUACUUUUAGAUGAGCUGGACCUGUCUAACAUGGUGAUUGGCUGGUUCAAGCUCUUUCCUCCUUCCUCAUUGGUGGACCCUACCCUGGCCCCCUUGACAAGAAGAGCUUCCCAAACGUCAUUGGAUAGCCGGUCAUAGCAGUGUGUGGACUGAUAGCAUUGUUGUAGCAGCAGCACCCAGUGUUGAGGUUAAACAAGCUGCGACAGACCGGUCACGCCCCCCGGUUACACUGCAUGCUUGAUGUUGUGUCUUCUGAGCCUGUUUCUAGGGGUGCAAACGUGAUCCUGUGUUUUGAGCAAAAUGUCGCACACAUUGUGCGUWGCGAGCGUCGCUCCCUCGGCCGGGUCGGAGCGCCAGCUCAGAUUGGAAGGCCGUAACGGACUCCUUAGCACGAGGAAUUGUCUCUAAAUCGAGCYAUUCCAGGUUUUCAUCCAAUCUUAAGCCAUGGGGGUCGAAACUGGGAACCCGCUCGAUGAGUUCUACAGAAGCCCUUUUCGAAUGAAAAAUACAUGUUUUUGUUUUUAAUUAAUUGUUUUGUUUUUUGUUUGUUUUAUUGUCGAUGUACUUGUAUACCUGAAGGGGUGACUGACAGUGUUGUCCUGUCCAGAAGCUUGGUCACGCCACGCCAACAGACCUAGCUAGAUGUGMAAAUGGAACUAUGAGGAUCAUUGCAAUAGGAGAGGUGGGGUGUCCCAACUAAAGCUUAAACUCUGAAUAUGAGGCCCUAGUGAAAAUACCUGUAGGUAGUAGAUCACACCAGAAGAGAACAAUACUAAAGUUACUAAAGGCAGUACAGAAUUGGCUACUGUACUAUCGACACUCCAGAAUCUAUUGAUCAGAACCCACAACAAGACUAACUUUUAUGACCCAACAUUAUUAUUUAUCUGUUGAUAUAUUGUAUGAAGAUUAAAUGAAGAUUUAAAAAUAAAAAAAAUAUUUUUUGCAUGGACAAAAAUGUAGCUAAAAAAAAAAGGAAAUGAUUUUCUUGAGGCUGCGACUUGAAGAAAAACAAAUAAAACAGAUCAGCCAUUUUCAACAAUUUAUAUUAUUUUUYAAUAUAAAUUUCACUAGUGCAUGUGGUUUUCAAAGGGGAGUGAAUGCAACAGCGUGAUAAAAAAAGACACAUUGUUUAUCAUUCUUUAGACCAUCCAUAACAUAAGUCUGUGUUUGGCAGACAUACAUACAGUAAGAGAAACUAAAAUAAAAAGUUUUGGAGUUAUUUAUCAAAAAAAAACUGUUUAUGUGACAAAGUGAUGAUGAAAAUAAAUGUAAAUUAUUUAUUUCAUUGUAAAGGUUUACAAGCCUUAUAAAGAUAAACAUUAUGUGCAAAUUGUACACGUCUCUUUUUCUCCCUUGUCKCAGGGCAUCCCCCUGAUAUUGUCCAGAGUUUCAGGACUGUUGGUUCUUUUACAGCUCUGUAUCGUUUCAAUAUGUCUUUUUUGGGGGAUUUGAUUUGUUUAACAAGCAUGUUGAAAAGGAUUUUCUGCAACAUGGCUUGGGCACACCUUAAAAUAACUCAGCAUGUUUUGUUAAAGAGGAUAUUUGGGAUUUUUGCAGUUUCUUGUACAGUGCAUGURAACUUUGUUACUUUAUCCCCCUCACCUUCAAUUGAAUUCUACAGAAAAUGAAUUAGUUACUUUCAUGGCCAAACUAUUAAAACGUUAUAACAAAACAUUCCACCAACCCCUAGAUCAUAUUUUAUUUCCACUUUUUCAAAAAGAAUGACAAGGAAAAAUAUUUUAUAUUCAUUGGAGGUUGACAAAAAAGUUGUGGUUGCAAGUGUAUUUUAUUUCAGUAUUGUUAACUAACAUGCAAAAAUAAUCUGUAUUGGUACAGCAAGAAGGAUAUUUAUAUCCAAGCAAGAAGCAGCAAACAUACAACUUAUGUACUGUAUAAUGCUGUGUAGUUCAGGCACUGUUUGUGAGGAUGAGCAAAACACAAGGUCAAACAACAUGGGAUGUUGCCACACUAUAUGAAUUUAGUUUUUUUGUUUUUGUGA